AGAAAACUCAUUUCUCUGAAUCCUCAGGGAAGAGAUUAUUCAAGAAGAAUUCGUUUGUCUCCCCAUGCCGCUGCUCAUUAUCAUCCUCUGAUGGGGCUGAAUAACCAGUCCGGCUAUCGUUACAGCCAGAGGGGAGGAGGGCAUUGUUUGGUUCUUUUAUCAUAGCUGCCUUAUGGAUUUGAUGUUGGUCGAUCUGAAGGGGAGCAGUACUCAAGGGAUUGGAUAUCGGUGUUCAUGGUAUGCCUGUUGGGGGCCAGCAAUUGCUAAUAAUUCUGUCCGAACUAGCUUAUGGAAAUAAAGGAGUCCAGGAAAUUCCUCCAAAUGCCACAAUGGAGGAUCAUGGCUUCUACUCAGCGCAUGGUGGUACAACCAUCACCAUGGAUGCCUGGCCAAUGUGUUACUCAAGACAUGCUGACAAGUGAGGGUCUCUGGUUGAACCAAUCACUCCCUUUUAACAUCACCUUCUCCAAUACCAUCUUCCUCUUCAACUGCUCACCCCGCCUCUUAGUUUCCCCUCUUAAUUGCACAUCAUCUAGUCUCUGUCACCGUUACUUGGAGAGCUCCGGACACGUAGACACAAAACGGGCACUUCAAUGUUCAAGUGAAGUUGAUCCCUGCUGCACCUUCAUUGCGGGUGGGAUGCCUUCAGCAUACAAGAUUAGGCUUCACAGUUCUGGUUGCAGAGCAUUCAGAAGCAUCCUUCAUUUGGAUCCAGAGAAGCCCGCAAGUGAAUGGGAAGAAGGGUUGGAAAUUCAGUGGGCUUCUCCACCUGAGCCAGUCUGCCAUAGCCAACUUGAUUGCUCUGAGACUUCCAAGUGCAUGUUGUCUGGUACAAAUGGCCUCUUUCGCUGCGUCUGCAAAAGGGGCUACCAUUGGGACCGAAUUCUUGGAGCUUGCUUGAGAACGAAGAAAAACACUAAAGCCACCCUCAGCUUAAAGAUAUCAAUAGGAGUACUCUCCUUCUUCUCUUUAGUGAUAGUCGUUGCUGCAAUUUCCGUUAAAAAAUCUUGGAAAGAUUCCCAACAAGAAGAGCUUAUGAAGGCAAGAGAAGACAUGCUGAAAUCAAGCAAUGGUGUCAAGGCAGCAAGGAUGUUCAACUUGAAUGAGGUGAAAAAGGCAACGAAUAAUUUCUCCAGAGACAGGGUUCUAGGGACUGGUGGCUUUGGAAUAGUCUACAAAGGUGAGCUUCAAGAUGGGACACUUGUGGCAGUAAAAUCAGCAAAGAUUGGCAACAUCAAAAGUACACAUCAAGUUCUCAAUGAAGUUGGUAUACUUUCUCAGGUCAAUCAUAAGAACUUGGUUAGGCUCCUAGGUUGCUGUUUGGAUGCUGAGCAGCCACUGAUGAUCUAUGAGUAUAUCUCAAAUGGGACCCUAAAUGAUCAUUUACAAGGAAAGUAUCCCACCUUUCUGGACUGGAGAACAAGGCUGAAAAUCGCCUUACAGGCUGCUGAAGCACUUGCCUAUCUACAUUCUGCAGCAUACACACCCAUCUAUCAUCGUGAUGUGAAGUCAACAAAUAUACUUCUGGAUGAUGAAUUCAAUGCCAAAGUUUCAGAUUUCGGACUCUCCAGACUGGCUAGCCCAGGGCUGAGUCAUGUCUCAACCUGUGCUCAGGGAACUUUGGGGUACUUGGAUCCUGAAUACUACCGCAACUACCAGCUGAAUGAUAAAAGUGAUGUCUAUAGUUAUGGGGUUGUGUUGCUUGAGCUUCUGACCUCCAAAAAGGCCAUUGAUUUCUCAAGAAAUGAAGAUGAUGUCAAUCUAGCCAUAUAUGUUAGCCAGCGAGCCAAUGAUGGUGCAAUCAUGGAAGUUGUGGAUCCAGGGCUGCUUGGCAAGGAAUCCUCAGAUCAUAUCCUAAAGAGUAUCAAACUAUUCUCGGAGCUUGCAUUUGCCUGUUUGAAAGAGAAGAAAGCAGAUAGGCCUGGCAUGAAGGAUGUCGUCCAAGAUCUUGAAUGCAUAAUUCAGAAUAUCAAUCAGGAAAACAUUCCUAAUGAGGUGGAGAGAAUGAUGUCUUGCAGGACCAUUAGUUUUGGUUAGUCCACAGAAGCAAAAGUUAUUCCAAAGAUGGGAUUUGAGUGGAUGGAUAAGCAUACAGCAAAGAGUGGGAUCAGAUGCAUGCUUUAUUCUGUAGAAAGUUAUUGGAUGAUGCACUGGCCCAGGACUUCAUAGAAGGAAAGGUUAGAAUGGAAUCUAGAGGGGAUUUAGUAAUAACUUUUGUAUUGUGGA